AUGGCCACCACCGCGCGCCCGCUCGUCUCCGUCAAGGCCCUGGACGGGGACAUGCCCACCGACGCGGCCGGCGUCCCGAUGCCGCACGUCAUGAAGGCACCGAUCCGCCCCGACGUCAUCACCUUCGUCCACAGGCUCGUCUCCUGCAACAGCCGCCAGCCCUACGCCGUCUCCCGCAAGGCCGGUCACCAGACCUCGGCCGAGUCCUGGGGCACGGGUCGCGCCGUCUCGCGUAUCCCGCGUGUCGGCGGCGGCGGCACCCACCGCUCCGGCCAGGGAGCCUUCGGCAACAUGUGCCGUGGCGGGCGCAUGUUCGCGCCCACCCGGAUCUGGCGCAAGUGGCACCGCCGCGUCAACAUCCGCCUCCGCCGCGUCGCCGUCGCCUCCGCCCUCGCCGCCACCGCCGUCCCGGCCAUCGUCACCGCCCGGGGCCACCGCAUCGAGUCCGUCCCCGAGUUCCCGCUCGUCGUCUCCGACUCGGCCGAGGGCAUCGAGAAGACCUCCCAGGCCGUCAAGGUCCUCAAGCAGCUGGGCGCCUACGCUGACGCCGACAAGGCCAAGGACUCCGUGGGCAUCCGCCCCGGCAAGGGUAAGAUGCGCAACCGCCGGUACAUCAACCGCAAGGGCCCCCUCAUCGUCUACGCCACCGAGGGCUCCAAGAUCGUCAAGGCCUUCCGCAACCUCCCUGGUGUGGAUGUUGCCAAUGUCGAGCGCCUCAACCUGCUCGACCUUGCCCCUGGUGGCCACCUUGGCCGGUUUGUGAUCUGGACCGAGUCUGCCUUCAAGAAGCUGGACGAGGUGUACGGCUCCUUUGAGGCGUCUUCCUCCAAGAAGAAGGGCUUUGUCCUCCCCAGGCCCAAGAUGACCAAUGCUGACCUUGGUCGCCUCAUCAACUCUGAUGAGGUCCAGUCUGUGGUCAAGCCCAUCAACAAGGAGGUGAAGCGCAGGGAGGCCAGGAAGAACCCUCUCAAGAAUGCUGCUGCCGUGCUCAAGCUCAACCCCUACUUCGGGACUGCCCGCAGGAUGGCAGUUCUUGCUGAGGCAGCGCGUGUCAAGGCCAGGAAGGACAAGAUCAACUCCAAGAGGACCAAGCUCAGCGUGGAGGAGGCAUCUAAGAUCAAGGCUGCUGGGAAGGCUUGGUACCAGACCAUGAUCUCUGACAGCGACUACAUGGAGUUCGACGUCUUCUCCAAGUGGCUCGGCGUCAGCCAGUGA